CCUACACCUCACCCAGGAGGGUGUCAGGGAGGGGAACGUGCUGUCCUCCGGUUUCACACACAAGACUUUGAUGGAAUUCCAGGCUGGCCUGGCAGCCAAAAAGGAGACGCGGCAGCUCAAGGCCCAGAGGGAGGACCAGCAGGCCCAGAACUUCCGGAGCAAGUAG